AUGCCGCCUGCUCUGUCAGUCCCCUCUCUCGAGAAAUGGCGAAAAUACGAACGGCGCUCGAUGGCAAAGCAGCAAGAGUUUAUAGAAAGAUACAGAGAUGACUUUGACAAAGUCCCUGUCACAAAUUCAGACAGCAUAAAGGCUGGUGAUCAUCUUGUUCUUGAAAGAAAAUAUUAUGAUCAUCAUAUGCUGUGUACCUCAGUCAGCGGAGAUAACCAGGUAGUCGUAAUACACUACAGUGGACCAGCUUUGGGUAUCAGUAGAGCUCUAAGAAGCAUCUCGUUCAAAGAUGUUGGAGUCAAAGGAGAAGUAGAAGAAAAAAUGUUUUCGUUCGACGAACUUGUGAAACAACAGGUUCGUAUUAAAAGUAAAACUGUUUAACACAAAAAUACCUCUGCCGCGUUGCUACCGUUGCGAAGUUAAAGAUCGUUUCAGUCGUUGUCGUCAACGGAGAAUCAGGAUCAAUCUGACCCAGCGUGUCUGAAGAAGAAAUGAAAAGGAAACUGCAUCUAACUGAUUUUCUAAGUCACAAACUGCUACUUUGUGGUGUUUUGACCUAAUCAAAGUGUUUAUUAGAUAAAUAAACUAAAUGGCGUUCUGACAACGAGCACUGACACUAAAGUUUCGUUAUCACCCUUCACAAUAACAUUUCGACGGCAACAAUUAAAAAGGCAACUACUUUAUUGGUUUAUCGUACCAUAAAUUGUGUACUCGAAUUGACAAACUACUAAGGAACAAAGUCAGCGAGCAUGAAAAGAUCGGAAUUAUGUUUUUCAAUCUCCAUUUUCCCUUAAUUUGUUUUAUUUUCGAUUUUCAAUUUCACUUUCAUCAUGUUGAUGCUACUUCCGGCAACAAAAUUUUUGAAAUCGUUCUUUUCAUGCAGAAGUGGAACGAAUCAGAGCGCAUAAUGUUUUUGAGACAAAGUUAGUGUGUAGUUUGAAAGAACUGAAAGAGAUAAAACCUUUAAGAUUAAUUUAGAAUUUUUGUAAAAAUUUUAAAGAGUAUUGAAAUAUCCUCUUACGGGUGAAAGUUCGUCGCAAUUAUGCACGCAACUUUAUUGAAGGCAAUUCCAUUCAUACUCUUUCAGGUGAAAAAGAUCAUCUGGCCAGCUCAGUUAAAACGUUUUUCUGUAGAGGAAGUGACCAAGAGAGCUUCCAAGAGGUUGGGUGAAAACUGCUACGACAUUCUAAAGAACAACUGUGAACAUUUUGUAACUUGGAGCAUGUGUGGGCUGAAUGUGAGCCUUCAAAUAGAACAAUGGUACCUUACAGCACGAGAAGUCGCCUAUUCUGCUUUCACAGGCCUGUAUGACUUUGGUAGAAAUAUAACCACGAAGAAAGUUCUACCUCUACUUAUCAAGCUCCAGGCUAAUGUUUCCGACGAGGUGGCCGCUUUCAUUAAUGAAAAUGCCCUCUAUGUGGGGUAUGGGUUAGCAAUCCUUAUGGAAGCUGGCCUAGCAGGUUAUGAGACGUACAAAUCAUGGACUUAUUGUAAGACUCCGGAAGAGUUUAAAGUCAAGUUCGUUGACAUUGUUGCCAAGGCAGCUUUUCGUUUAGGCUGUGGAAUCGUCGGCUCAUGCAUUGGCACAGCGGUAUGCCCAGCAGCUGCCCCCAUAGCGAGCUUUAAAAAUGAUACCCUAUUCUAG